GGGCAGGUCAAGCUGCGGGAGGAGGGGAACCUGGAGUGGUUAGAUAAGAACAAAACCAGCUUUCUGAUCAUGUGGAGGAGACCAGAAGAGUGGGGGAAGCUCAUCUAUCAGUGGGUGUUGAAGAAUGGCUUGACCAACUCUGUGUUCACACUGUAUGAAUUAUCCAGUGGAGAUGAUACAGAGAAUGAAGAGUUCCACGGGUUGGAUGAGGCAAUGCUGCUCCGUGCCCUGCAGGCCCUGCAGCAGGAGCACAAGGCUGAAAUUAUCACUCUGGACGAUGGUCGAGGCGUCAAGUUCUUCUGA